AUGAGUGAAAUAAAGAAUGUCAUCGUCAUUGGAGCUGGAGGAAGGUUGAAUCCCAUCGUCAUCUCAUCAUUGAUAGAACACGGGUUUUCAGUCUCUGCUCUGGUUCGCACUUCUUCAACUGCCAAGCCUCCCCCCGAGGUCAACCUCUUUCGCACCGACUACUCCAGAGCUUCCCUCGUAUCAGCAUUCAAGGGUCAGGAUGCUGUUGUCAACACCAUCACGAUGCCCGAUUUCGAGGAGCAAAAGAAUAUCAUUGACGCUGCCGUCGAGGCAGGGGUCAAGCGAUUUAUCCCAGCCGAGUUCGGGAUUGACACAUCAAAAGAAAAAGCAGUUGAGAUUAUGACUUUCCUUCGCAUGAAACCGCAGAUUAUACAGUAUCUCCGGUCUAUCCAGGACAAGAUUUCUUGGACAGCGAUUAUUACGGGCUUCUUUUUUGACUGGAGUCUCGACAACGGAUUCUUCUCUUUUAAUCUUCUGGCCCGUACGGCAGAACUCCACCAGCCCGGAUAUCACAAUCACCGUUGUAGCUGGUCGAACUUAUCUACGGUUGGCGAGGCGGUAGCCCGCGUUCUGCUUGCGCAAAACUCCCCCAUUGUUACGAACCAAUACGUGCGCGUCAGGUCGUUCAAUGCCAGCCAAGACGAGAUACUGAAAUCUCUUACUUCAGUUACGGCGCGUAUCGAGAGUGCACGGGGCUUAGACACGGUUGAAUGGAAGCAGAUUAAUGUCGACCUAGAGGAAAAGGUUGUCGAGGCGCGGAAUACGCUGGCUCAGGGUGAUACAAGCAAAUUGGGGUAUAUACUUAGCAAGGCUAUUUACAAUACUGGAGGCAAUUUUGACGAUGAGGGCGUGGUUAUGAACGAGAAGCUGGGGAUGAGGUCACCGGAAGGUCUGGAUGCUGCCAUUGAGCGAGAGUUGAUCAAGCUUCUGCCCUAA